GAGUAGCAGCAGCAGCGAGAGCACCCUACAAACAGAAAACCCGGUGGUUCGUUACUCAUCAUUCUCUGCUUCUCUCGCAACUGUCCCGGCAACCAUUCCCUCCGAUUCGCCGCCUUAUUCCCCGUUGUCAUCGACCUCGCCGGCCCCGAAACCCCACGCGAACAACUCCAAUUCUCAGUUCUUGCUUCAAUUUUGAGAGGGGCCCAAUAUUAUAUUUUCGAUACUAAAGAGGAAGUGAGAAAGGAAGAUGCAAUAAAUUCACACAUAAGAUGGCGGCGAGGCAAAUGGAAGAGAUUCAGAAGAAAUUGGCAAUGCUAAAUUACCCAAGAGCAAAUGCCCCUGCACAGUCCCUUCUAUUUGCCGGCAUGGAGCGCUAUGCCCUUCUGGAGUGGCUUUUCUUUCGGCUAUUAGGUGAUAAGUCACCCUUUUCUCAACAGAACUUACAAGGGGAUGGCCUUGAUCGGGAUGAGGAGACGGCUCGAAUUCAGUAUUUGGCAGAGAUUGCUAAGUUUCUGGGUAUUACGACGACUGUAGAUACGGAGGCCAUUCAGGGGCAUGGAAGCUAUGAAGACCGCACUGAAAUGCUUCGUCUUAUUGUAGAUCUAGUGGAGGCAACAAUAUAUGCUGAUAAUCCAGAAUGGAGUGUUGAUGAGCAAGUGGCCAAGGACAUCCAAUUGAUAGACUCCAUCGCAGAAAAACAAGCUCAAAUAUUUUCUGAAGAAUGUAAAUUGUUUCCUGCGGAUGUUCAGAUUCAGUCCAUAUAUCCAUUGCCAGAUGUUUCUGAGCUGGAGUCAAAGCUUUCUGAACAAUCAAAAAUAUUACUGAAUCUUCAACAAAAAGUUGAUGACUUGGCGUCCAAGCAUGCUUACAAUCCAGAUGAGGAGUAUACUGACGUGGAAUCCCAACUGCGAGCACAUUUGGAAUCUUUCCUUGAAACAGCUAGAACAUUCAAUUUGAUUUACACCAAGGAAAUUCGUCCAUGGACACACAUGAUGGAGGUUCCACAGCUUCAUGGAUUUGGACCAGCUGCCAAUCGUUUAUUGGAGGCCUACAAAAUGCUUUUGAAGUUUUUGGGCAACCUACGGAAUCUUAGAGACUCACAUGCAGCUCUUGCCUUUGGUUCUUCUGAGACCUCCGAAGGGCCUUCUUCUGUCACAAGAAUAAUCUCUGAAUGUGAAUCUGCAUUGACAGUCUUAAAUCGUGAUCUUGGAAUUCUUUCUGCUUCUAUUGCUCGUGAACAGGGAGAGAAGACGAGCAUUUGAUGAAACAU